AUGCUCUCCACUCUCAUUUGGGUCGCCGGCACGCUCUUCCUCGCCAAGGAGCUCGUCUCCUUCCUCUACGUCUUCUACAAGGGGCUCCUUCGCGCGCCGAAGGAUCUCACCAAGUAUGGCAAGUGGGCGGUCGUGACGGGCGCGACCGACGGCAUCGGCAAGGCCAUCUCGUUUGAGCUGGCGCGCCGCGGCUGCUCGGUGGUGCUGGUGUCGCGGACACAGUCGAAGCUCGACGCCGUGGCGGCGGAGCUCAAGGAGGCGUACCCGAAGGUCGACGUCAAGACCGAGGCCGUCGACUUUG